CAGAGCAGGCUCUCCUACGACAAAAAUGCAUCGUUAUGGGAGAAAACUUCUGUCUUGUCAGACACACAGAGUAGCAUUCAGGUUGAUGUGCUCUGCGCCAAGUGUUCAACCUUUGACACUAUGCAAUCAGGAAAAUGGUGUACGAAGAAUCAUUCUUAAUAACCCAAAGAAACGAAAUGCUUUAUCCUUGGCUAUGCUAGAGUCCUUAAAAUGCAAUCUUCUGCAUGACCUAGAUAACGAACUAAGAGUGAUAGUACUGUCUGCAAAUGGCCCAGUCUUCUCUUCUGGACAUGACCUCAAAGAACUGACUGAUGAACAAGGAAAAAAUUACCACAAAAAAGUAUUCCAUCAUUGUACAGAGGUUAUGUCGUUGAUUCAGGACAUCCCUUACCCAGUUAUAGCACAAGUGAAUGGUAUUGCAACAGCAGCAGGAUGUCAACUUGUUGCAAGUUGUGACAUUGCUAUAGCCUCAGAAAAAAGUCAAUUUGCUACACCAGGUGUCAAUAUCGGAUUGUUUUGCUCUACUCCUGGUGUAGCCUUAGCCAGAGCUGUUCCUAGAAAGGUUGCUAUGGAGAUGUUGUUAACAGGUCAUCCAAUAACUGCUCAAGAUGCCUUAAAACAUGGUCUAAUAAGCAAAGUAGUCAAUGAGGAGUCUCUUGUUGAUGAAGUCAACAAAGUAGUUGAUAAAAUAUGCAGUACAAGUCAGCCUGUAAUAGCGAUGGGAAAGGCAUGUUUUUWUUCACAAGUAACCAAAACAAGAGAUGAAGCUUACAGACAAGCUGAAUCAGUUAUGGUUGAAAAUCUCCAAACAUCAGAUGGCCAAGAAGGGAUCAAGGCAUUCUUAGAAAAAAGAAAACCAGUUUGGACACAUAGRAGUGAUUGUCACUAGCUAGGAAUACAGGUAGACAUAAUAGAAAGGUUCCCAGUCUAAAAYRCUAUGGUAUGGGUUGACUGAUUAGGUUAAGAAGAUACAGUUCCAUUGUUAAGACAGUACAAAAUAUUUUUAAAUCACUAAAGUAAGAACAAUGCAGUUGAGAUAUACAAGACUUUUAUUAUGUUUKCUAGAGCAUUUUAUAACUAAUUGUUUUGGAAAGAACAAUAUAUACUGUUUAUGUAUAUUGGAUAUAGAUGGUUAUAUAAAUCAUAAUUCAUUAGUAUUCAUAUAUAUGGGAGGGAGUCAUGACUAGGAGGUGCAGACCAGGGCUGUGAACARGAGAGACAUGGCAAAACUAUUUGUCGGGUCUUUAUACUGUGGUAGUAUUUUAAAUAAAGCUUGUAUUAGCAGGUU